UCAGCAUCAGAGCAAGAGCGAACGCGCACGCAGACGGACACGGACACGGAGCACGGAUAAAACGGGCGAAAGACAAGAAAAACCAGGCAGCACAAGAAUAGAAAGCUCAAGUGUGAUGUGUGAAAAAAAGUGCCACAAAAGUAGUGUAAAACAGUGUGACCAGCAAUGACAAAAACCUAAGCAGACUCAAUUAACUGUGAAAACCUGCUGCACACACAGGGUCCCACACCCCCACAAGGUGAGAGUGUAGAAGAAAGCCAGAGAGCCAAAGAGAGGUGAAGGUGAAGCUAAAGGAGAAGCGCGAACAAUUUGUUGAAUACAACGGGACCGCCGCAAAGGAAAAAGCGAAAGUGAAAGCCAAAGAAAUCUGAACUAAAUUGUAUUACGCCAAAACUAAACUGAAAACUAACGGAAAAUUCCAAGCGUGCCCAAACAAACACUAACAAGAAGUAAAAAAGGGAAGAAAAUUGGCGGCGCAAAAGUUAAAAGGGACAAAGACGAUUAAGCAGCUUGCCAAGGACGAGGACCAACUGCCCGAAAGAUAUUUCCGCAGACGGGACGACAUCGCGCUGAAAUUGCGGCUCUAAUAGAGCAGAGGCCAACACGUUCCGUGUAUAAUAUUUGAAAUCAAAGCGUUAGGGUCCAACCAUGACGGCGCUGUACGUGAAUCACAAGCUCAACAUGCGCACGACGGCUGUCAAGAUGAAGCGGAGCCCACAUCCUGCCAUCCCCAGCCCCGGACCCACUGCGAUCCCAACUCGCCAUCCAAGUCCAAGUCGAACCCGAAGUCGAAGUCCAAGUCCAAGGCACAGUCACAUUUACAGUUACAGUCACAGUUCGAUUCGCACGCCCAGGAAGCCCGGCAAGUGUCACGGCCAACCGGAAGUGGAAGCGGAUUCGGAUUCGGAUACGGAUUCCAAUUCGGAUACGGAUUCGGAAUCGGAAUGGGGCAGGGCCAAUUGAAGGAGGCGAGUUCUGCGACGACACAAACUAAGAUAAUUCAAUCGCGUUUUCUACACAUUUACGGUUUACUUUGCCUCGGUUCCCUGAUGGCUUGCAUUAAAACUAUCGCCGCCUCAAUUGCGCAGCCAACGCUUGCGGAAGCGAAUGUACAGGAUCGGGAUAAAGAGCGGCAAGCGGAAGCGGAAACGGAAAAGGAAGCGGAAAAGGAAAAGGAGACAGAGAAGGAAGCGGAAACAAAGGGGGGAGCGGAACGGGAGGCGGAUGCCCGCAUCAUGGCAACGGGAAUUUGCAUUAUAAGACUGAUAACAUUAAAGAGAUUUCUAGAGAAUUCCACAACCGACGAACACAAUCAAAGGCGCCAGCAAUCAGCAACGUCAGCAACGUCAUCGGCGUCAUCGGCGUCAUCGGCGUCACCUGUGUCACCGGCAACAGCUGGAGGAGCCAGCAGCCCGCGGCGGAGACACCUCCAUUACCCGGGACACCCGGCGGGACACGCGGCAGGACACCCGGCACACCCGGAGGCGGGCACCCUGCUCCUGCUGCUGUUGCUCACCAGCCUCUGGCCGGAUUGCUGCGAGUGCCUCCACGGCGGCAGCAACACCGUGAAGACCAAGUACGGCCUGCUCCGGGGCAUCGUCGUCCGCUCCUCGCCGCUGGUGGAGGCCUUCCUGGGCAUCCCCUACGCCUCGCCCCUGGGCAGUCUCAGAUUUAUGCCCCCCAUAACACCCUCGACGUGGAAAACGGUUCGCAGCGCGGAUCGAUUCUCGCCGGUCUGUCCGCAGAACAUCCCAAUACCGCCCAAUGGACCGGAGGCGCUCCUCGAGGUUCCCCGCGCCCGCCUCGCCCAGCUGCGCCGCCUGCUGCCGCUGCUCAAGAACCAAUCGGAAGACUGCUUAUACCUUAAUAUCUAUGUGCCCUACGAGACGCGCCGCCUGAGACGAAAUACCGAUGAUGCUGCUGGCGAACCGAAGACCAAGUUGUCCACUGUGGUGUUCAUUCAUGGCGAAUCGUUCGACUGGAACUCAGGGAACCCCUACGAUGGCUCCGAACUUGCUGCCCACGGCAACGUCAUCGUCGUGACAAUCAAUUUCCGUCUGGGGAUCUUCGGAUUCCUGAAGACUGGCGGCAAGGAGAGUGCCCAGGGAAACUUCGGGCUGAUGGAUCUGGUGGCGGGUCUCCACUGGCUCAAGGAAAACCUGCCGGCAUUCGGCGGAGAUCCGCAGAGCAUCACACUUCUGGGUUACGGAACUGGAGCGGUGCUGGCCAACAUCCUGGUGGUUUCCCCAGUGGCGAGUGAUUUAAUACAGCGUACAGUUCUGGUCAGCGGCUCUGCACUUUCCCCAUGGGCCAUUCAGAAAAAUCCGCUCUUUGUGAAGCGGCGUGUGGCGGAGCAGACUGGCUGCCAUGGCGACAUGUUGUAUGACGACCUGGCCCCCUGCCUCCGCACCAAAAGCGUCGCCGAACUGCUGGCGGUCAAGGUGGAUCAUCCCCGAUUCCUGGUGGGCUUUGCUCCGUUUGUGGAUGGCACUGUAAUAUCGCCCGGCGCCAAUCCCAUGGGCAGCACGACGUUGCCCCUGGGUUCAGCUAUUGUUAGUACUUCAGGAAUUGAAUAUGCAAACUUUCCGAAACGAGACCUCAUUUUCUGCCUUACAUCUGUGGAGUCGUAUUUGGACUUGAGUGCCCAAGACCUGGAAUUCGGCUUCAACGAGACUCGACGGGAUCGCAUCCUGCGCACUUUUGUGCGCAACAACUUUCACUAUCAUCUGAACGAGAUAUUUGCCGUUUUGAAGAACGAGUACACCGACUGGGAGAAGGCCAUACGUAAUCCUCUUAGUUCCCGAGACGCCACCCUGCAAUUCCUGAGCGAUGGCCACACGGCCUCUCCACUCAUUAAGUUGGGCUACAUGCACAGCUUGCGCGGAGGCCGGGCUUAUUUCCUGCACUUUAAACACAAAACCGUCGAGGAGGAGUACCCGCAGAGAACCGGCUCCGUGCGCGGCGAAGAUGUGCCUUUCUGGUUGGGUCUGCCCAUGUCCCCGCUCUUCCCCCACAACUACACCACUCAGGAGCGGCAAAUCGGGCGACUGAUGCUGCGAUACCUAUCCAACUUCGCUAAAACUGGCAAUCCUAAUCAAGCCACGGCAAAAUCGUCGCUGCCCAAUCCAAACGAGGUCGUGGAAGACCUGCAUCAGCAGAAAAAACGCUCCACUGGACUGACCCAUCCCAAUCUUAGCGAGGCCCUCAAUCUGGCCGUGAUCUACAACCAGCGCCGGAGCAACGCGAUGCACGAGAAGCGAUCCUACAUCCGAAGGAGACUGCGGAGCAACGAUGCAGCAGCCUUCACCCAACUGGGAGUGUCCAGUGAGCGGGAUGUGGGCAGCUAUGAUGGCGACGAGCUGCCCUUUUGGGAUGCCUACGAUGUGGUCAACCAGCUGUACGUGGAAUUGGGCAAUAAGGCCAACAUUCAGAGCCAUUAUCGCGGCCAUAAGCUGUCCAUGUGGUUGAACCUCAUCCCUCAGCUGCAUCGCCACUUCAACAUUAACGACCAGUCGAUGCGACAUCAUCAGUUCCAGGAUGACAUGAACAACAGGGAUCUCUAUGAGGGUGUGGUGCGUCCACAAUUGCAAACGAAGCCGGCGGAGGACGAUACCAUAAUCAUCAUGCAGAGGAGCAGGACAACUACGCCACCGCCUCCUCCGAAGAGUCCAAGUACAAAUGCCACGCAGGCCUUAAAUCCCAUUGCCACCGGAGCAACAACCACUACAGAGUGCGGCAUCGAUGGAGCCAUGUCCGUGUCGGAGUUAACCACCACCCAAUCGCCAAAGGACAACAGAACAGGGAUCACACGCGUCGAGACUCAAAAGGACUUGGCCACCGCCUCGACUGGGAUCAUUGGCAACCUGGAGCUGCUUCGGCGAUUUGGAGGGAAACAGUUCCAGAGCUACACCACCGCUCUGAUAGCCACCGUGGCCGUGGGCUGUUUCCUGCUCAUCCUGAAUGUCCUGAUCUUCGCCGGCAUCUAUCAUCAGCGCGAGAAGCGGGCUCGGGAUGCAAAGACCAAGGAGGAGCUGCAGGAGAGCGACAACAGCAAGAACUCCAGCAUACUGAAGCUGAACGCCUUGAUGGGCGGCAGCGGAGGAGCCGGUGGUCCCGGUCCAGGUGACUUGGCGGAUGCGUACACUCUGAGCGGAUCCGUUGUGGAGGGCAAGGGCGGGGUGGGCGUGGUGUUCGGGGAGUACAGCUGCUACGACGAGAAGACCAAGCAGCUGAAAGAGGAGAAGCUGCUGGUGGAACUGCCCCCCUCCUCCUCCACCGGCCAGACCUCCCUGAUGAUGGACACCUGGGGUCCGUGCUCCACGAGCACUUUGGAUCUGCUGAAGACCAAGCCAGGAGAUCCCAUCGAAAUGGUCACCUACAGCGCCCUGCCGACGGUCAUGGAGUCCACGUCGGCGAUGAGCAGUAAGCGGGGCUCCUUCGUGGACACCACGCUGCAGUUCAACAGUCCGCAGCAGUUCGAUUACGCAGUCCAGUCCUCGGAUCAGAUGUCCUUCAAGGCGAUAGAGGAGGCUGUCAAGGCGGCGGCCGGGAACGACUGCGAAAUCACCCGGGAUGACGACAUCCCUGAGCCGCCGCCACCACCUCGAUCCUUCCUAGCCGCCCAACAACAACAACAACAGCAGCAGCAGCAGCAGACUGGAAUCCUGCGACAAACGGGAGCGAGCGGAAGUUCCGCCACAGGAUCGGGGAGCAGCAGCGGCAAGAAACGUGUACAUAUUCAGGAAAUCUCAGUCUAGCAAUCAUAACCUUUCUAGUAACCAAUUGUGAGCCUAGUUUAAAGUAUUUAUCUAGUUACUUAUUUUGUCGAACUCGUUCGACCUGAGCUUUUCUAUUUCACAAGUAUUUUAAUUAUUUUCUUACUUUCCUAAAUGUUAGAUCGAUAAGUUCGACUCCUGUUGACUUCACCUACGUUUAUUCCUCUAUUUAUUCCCGUUCACUGCCCUAUAUUUCUGCCAAAGAAAACCAAAAUAGGUUAGUUCUGUUUUCUCAACCUCAAUGCAAAAAUCGUUGUAACUGUAUUGUGUAUGUUUGUACAUUAUGUAAAUGUUCCUUGUAGGCGUGAUUGAGAAGAUAUUAUGUAGGGAUAUUUUUUCAAGUGUUAUCAUUGUGUGUAUAGUUUAUGUUACUUUUUGGUGUACGAUUAGAAUCUCAUAUUAUUCUACUUGCUUGUUAUUUAAUAAUUAGCGAAAUCAAAAUAAUAUGACAACAAGCUUUUAAUGAUUUGUAAAAGAAAACCAGAUACUAUAACUAUGAUACACAUACUGUAUUUAAUGUAUUGUAAAAUAUUGACUCUAUUUGUAUGAAAUACAUAUGUAUUACAAAGUA